GUGCUGAUCCCAGCGGGGCCGGGUGCUGUCCGAUGUGCUGAUCCCAGCGUGGCCAGGAGCUGUCCGAGGUGCUGAGCCGUGCCGCCCGGGCGGCACCAUGGUGUUCGCUCCAGGUGAGAAGCCAGGGACGGAGCAAGAUGAAAUUAAGCUGCAGAUUGCCAGCAAGCAGAUUGUGCAGACUGCUAUCCUCAGAGCAGUGCAACAAGUUUCCCAGGAGAGCCAGCAAAACGAGAAGCGGACAAACACCGGUACAAGCCUCCAACUAGAAAGAGGAAAAUUAACCAAGAAGCAUGAAAAGAAAUAAAGGAGCAGAUUUGGGUUUUUCAACUCCAGUCUGCAAGCGUUUUCAGCCUUCUCUUUAAUAUCAGCUGUAUUGCUAGUGCAAUGCUACUGCUGUGAAUCAAACCAAAGUAUUAUCACACCUAGACAUAGGGUAAAACUGCAAUAGUCCUCAUCUGAGAAAUAUUAAGUGCAUUAGAUGAAUGACUCCGUAUUUAUGCAGUGCCUCUUAACAGAAACAAUAACCGUAGCUGUAAAAGUAGUUUCAAGCACAAGCUCUUAUGAUAUGAGCUUAUUCUCAA